AUGACGGACGCUUCCAGCGACGAAAAUGUUUCAAAUGGCUGCUCUCCGGUCAACGAGUCGCAUAUCUUGCAAGAGCGCAAAAUAGGCAUCUUCGGCGCAAUCUCUUUGAUUGUAAAUAAAAUCAUUGGUGCUGGUAUCUUCUCUACCCCUUCUACGAUCUUCAAAUUGGCAGGCAGCCCUGGGAUGUCCCUCAUUCUUUGGGUCAUUGCCGGUGCUAUCUCAACAUGCGGAGCCAUGGUCAUGCUGGAAUUUGGAUCUUGCAUUCCAAGAUCUGGGGGCAUGAAAGUCUAUCUCGAACGGUCAUUCUCGCCCAAGCUGUUACAGACUUGCAUCUACCUUUUCUAUUGCGUGUUCCUUCAGGUUUCUGCAAGCAAUGCUAUCACAGCUUCCUCAUAUCUACUAGAAGCUGCUGGUGUGGAAUCAACCACAUGGAAGCUACGUGGAUUAGCUAUUGCUGCUGUUGGAUUCGCUGUUGGCGUCCAUACUGUAACCCCCCGAAUUGGCAGGUGGUUACAAGACUUAUUGGGCGCAGUAAAGCUCUUCAUUCUCUUGUUCAUUGUUUGCACCGGGUUUGCUGCAUUAGGUGGACAUCUCAAAGUACCCAAUCCUCAUAAUUUUGAUGUUUCAACGUCUUUCAAAGGAACCUCGAACAAUGGCUACAACAUCGGCACUGCACUUUUGAAUGCAAUAUUUUCCUUCCAGGGAUAUGACAAUAUGAACAUGGUUCUAUCAGAAGUGAAGAACCCACAGAGAACUCUCCGAAUUGCACUACCUACCGCUAUGGGGAGUGUAACUGUUCUUUACGUUUUGGCGAACAUUGCUUACUUUGCGGGAGUUUCAAGAGAAGAAUUCACCAAAUCUGAUUUGACCAUUGCUGCCACUCUUUUCAAAAAUGUCUUUGGCGAGUCGGCCUCGACAAAAGCCCUCCCAGCUCUAGUCGCCCUGUCUGCUAUUGGUCAUCUUCUGGGUGUGGCCUUUACUGUCCCCCGAGUUAUCCAAGAGUUGGCGAAAGACGGCGUCACGCCAUUCCCAAGCUUGGUAAUGUAUAAUCGACCUUUCAAGACUCCUAUUUGGGCCCUCCUCAUUCACCUUGGCAUUACCAUCCUUUUCAUAUGUGCCCCUCCAGCAGGCGAUGCAUUCAACUUUGUCGUCGGACUCAACACGUAUCCAACUGUCGUUCUUCUGACCGCUGUCACGGUUGGACUGAUCAAAAUACGUUUGACAAAAGGCAGUGACUUCUCCUCUAGCUUCACUGUGCCAUGGGGCUUUCUCGCUUUCUAUAUGGCAGGAAACACUUUCCUUCUCGUCAUGCCCUUUGUUCCACCAUCCAACGGCAAGGGAAGCACCAGCUUACCAUAUUGGCUUUCGCCUAUGGUUUCACUCGCUAUUUUGGCACUAGGUAUCAUAUACUACGUCGGUCGCUUUAUACUAUCUCCUUGGGCAUUUGGAUAUAAGCUUCAACCGGUUACCAUCAAUUUGAGUGAUGGAUCUCAGGUGUCCCGUUAUAAAGUGAUGAAGCCCAGGAGCUAA